UGUUGACAGUUGUAAACUCCGUAAUUUCCGUAUGAUUGUGUAAAAGUGAUACGAAUAAUUCUAUAAAAAUUGGGUUACGAUCUAGUAUGGUUACAUAUAGAUAUAGCGCAAGAUAAAGUAAUGACUCGUCUGAACUUAUCGUUAUUAUCUAAAAUCAUCAUUUCAAGCGAUAGCUUAUUUCUUCUUUGAUAUUUCGUAUUAUCGUGUUAAUAUCUGUAAUUAUGGAGGUUUCACGAUUGCAACCUUGCAUUCAAUUACAAAUUUCAAACGAAGAAUUGCAAAAUAUAGUAGAUAAGGCUAAAGAUUGGGCACUUAUGCAUGGUAUUAGUUUCAGAUCGAAAGAAUCCUUUAACAAAAAUCAUGUACAAGUUUUGCCAUUUGCUUUAUUGCCAUCUAGUUUCCCUAGAAAGGAUUUUGAGAAAGCAAAAUGCAUUCAAGUGUUAUUAAACGAACUUAUUCAUAAGGUUGCGCAUAGUAAUAGUUUUAUUACAAAAAGCUUAAAAAGUACAAUCGAUGCCGAUCCAUUUACAGCAAAAUUAUUCGAUAUUUAUGAAACUGUACAUAGAGAAGGAUAUAGUCAAACCAUAAGUGUUGGUUUGCUUCGAUCUGAUUAUAUGUUACAUGAGAAUCAAAUCAAGCAAGUCGAAUUGAAUACUAUUUCGAGUAGUUUUGGAGGAAUAGCAACAGUUACUACUAAAUAUCAUAAGUAUAUUUUAUCAGAAUUGGGACAUGGGGACAAAAUAAAAAAUAUACCAGACAAUAAUCCCAUUACAGGUCUUUGCAAGGGAUUGACGUAUGCAUGGAAAUUAUAUGAUAAUAUGCAGUCUAUAAUAUUAUUUGUUUGUGAAAAUAUCACUUAUAAUAUAUGUGAUCAAAGGUUUCAUGAAUUCGAAAUUCGUAAAAUCAAUCCUGAUAUUAAAGUAAUUAGAAGGAGCUUGAAAGAUUUAGUAUCGGAAGCAAAACUGGGAUCUAAUAAAGAGUUAAUAAUUGGAGAUCAAAUAGUUUCUGUAGUCUACUUCCGUUCUGGUUAUGAAAUCGAAGCUUAUCCUACAGAACAUGAAUGGUCUGUUAGAUUGUUGAUAGAACGUUCCCGUGCAAUAAAAUGUCCAUCAAUACAAUAUCAUUUAGCUGGUACUAAAAAGAUACAACAAUCUUUAGCAUACCCUAACGCUUUGAAAGCGUUUUUAAAAGAAAAUGAUAUCAAACGAGUGGAAGAAAUAUUUACUGGGCUUUAUUCAUUAGAAUUUAACGAAGAGGCAGAGACGAUAAUUAAGAAAGUUAUGUUAGAUCCAACAAAAUACGUUCUCAAACCGCAAAGAGAAGGUGGUGGAAACAAUGUGUAUGACGAAAAUGUGAAAAAACGUUUAGAAUCUAUGAAAUCUUCGGAUGAAAGAACUGCUUGGAUACUUAUGGAUCGUUUGUAUCCUCCAGUCCAAAAGAAUUACAUUGUACGUGCCGAAAAGGAGCCGUUUGAAAAUCAUAAUUUGUGUUUUACCGAUGUUGUAUCAGAGCUGGGUAUUUACGGUGUUAUUAUAGGAGAUCAUGAAAAUAUCAUGUAUAACGAAGAAGUAGGCCAUAUUUUGAGAACCAAACUGUCCAAUGAAAAUGAAGUUGGAAUAGCAGCAGGAUUUGGUGCUAUCGAUGGUCCCUACCUUGUUAGUUAACAUAACAAAUAUUUAAAUAAUUGUGAUGUAAUUUAAUAUUAUGAAGAAAUAUAUUUUGAAUAACUUAUUGUUAAUAUUGCCCUAUGAUUUUAUCGAUCGUAAAAUAGCUCAAUGUUACCCGCGAUGAAAAACUUUAUAGAAUAUACUUUUACGUUCGACUAUCGAUUCUUAUCGUUCUUGAAAUUUGUGUAUGCGCCUAAAAAGUGAUG